UCCGGGGCUGGGGUCGGCAGCCCGGCCAGCCCGGCCCGGCUCGGGCCGCGUCCAAGACUCGGUUGCCCGCUGCAGCGUUGGCAGCCGACCGGCCAUGGAGGGGGAGCGCCACUUGGCGCCCGACUCGGGCUGCGGAUGCCCCCAGUCCGGCGCCGCGGGCCCGAACCCGGACGCGCUGCGAGCCGAAGCGCCCCCGACCUUGCGCGCACCGCUGCAGGGCCCCUGCGUGGGCGGCGGCUCUGCGGGCCCGGAGUUCGCGCUGCCGCAGGAGCCCGGGGCCGCGGGCCUGGGGGCCCCGGGGCCGUGGGCGGGGGCGGCGUCGGCGCGCAUCCCGGUGCCAGCACAGAGGCCGGAGGAGGUCGUGGCCGCCGCAGCCCUGACCAGCCUGUCCAGUGGCCCCCGCCCGCUGGCGGCCCCAGCCUGCAGCCACAGCCCAGAGCCCGGCUGGGAGCCCUGGAGAGAAGCCCUGGUCUGGCCACCAGGCAGUGGAGACUGGGGCUGGGACCCGAGCCGCGAGCAGCCCUCUCCGUCCACCCCGCUGCCCCCGCUGUUCCCUGAGGCAGCCCACUUCCUGUUUGGGGGGCCCACCCUGAGGAAGAGGAAGAGCUCGGUCCGGGUCCUGUUCCAGUGCCUGUGGAAGAGCUGUGGGACGGUGCUGGGCACGGCGCCCGCCAUGCAGAGACACAUCCGCCUGGUGCACCUGGGCAGCAGGCAGGCAGAGCCCGAGCAGAGCGAUGGCGAGGAGGACUUCUACUACACAGAGCUGGACAUCGGUGUGGACGUGCUGGCCCGUGGGCUGUCCAGCCUGGCCCCGGCAUCCCCCACGGCCUCCGUGCCCCCCACUCUUCUCCGCCCGGAGCCCCCGCCCCCUGUGCUGACCGCUGCGGCCCCCUCCCAGGCAGGCCGCAGUGACCCUGCCCACCAGGGCUGCCUGGCGCCCCCCGAGGUCAGGACCUGCGUGCCCGCCCUGCCCUGCCAGCUCAGUGCCAGCCUGAGGAGGCCCCGCGGGGACGCCAAGAAGUGCCGGAAGGUGUACGGCAUGGAGCGUCGGGAGCUGUGGUGCACGGCCUGCCGGUGGAAGAAGGCCUGCCAGCGCUUCCUGGACUGAGCCCCACCCGAUCCCCUCCCAGCCACAGGGCCUGCCCCCCCCCCACCCAAAGUGCCUCUCAAGAAGCCAGCAUUUUGCACUACAGCCGACGGCACCACCGGGCCCUGGGCCCCACGUUUGCCGGCCACCGCUAAGCCAUUCCGGGCCCCGGCCGCACUAAACGUUUUUACCGGGUCUUUGAAGCUCAGGUGUCUCGUGCCUGGGCCCUGCCAGGCGAGGAGAAAAAUAAAAACUUUGCGGUUUUCCUCGGCCUCACACGCCUCCUGGGGGG